AUGACCCACAAUAACAGUUCCUCUCCUACACUGACCCUUCAAGGCCAUCUAUCUCUCUAUAUAAAUGCAUCCGUUUUUAUGUUCACUCCCUUGAGCCUAUUCUUAUCACACCUUGCACUCAUUAUUAACACAAUACCUUCUGCCCCGGACCAGGACACCCCGAUCCCGCCAGACCACCGCACAACUGCUGGCCUCCUAGCAGAAUAUUAUACCUUAACGGCAAUCGCCCUGGCACUCGUUCUCCUACGAGCGUGGGUACGCCUCAGUCUAGCCAGAAACUGGGACUGGGGCGACAUAAGCAUCGUAAUCGCCUGGGUAUGUACAUCCCCUCCCAAACCCGAAAAACCACGAAAACCAAGAUACCCAGAUCGCCCUCCUGGCCAGCAUGUCAUCUACCCCCCGAACCCAGAAUACACGGUGCUCCAAAUCCUGAAGGUCAACACAGUAUACCAAAUGAUCAACGUGAUCUGCACCCUGGUAACCAAAUACUCAAUCAGCCUCUACAUCCUGCGAAUUAGAACCAGCCGUGCUGUCCGCUGGAUACUAGCCUGGCUCGUGUUAUUCAUGACACUGGCGACCAUCGGCGCGGUCGUCACCCUCGCUGUCUCCUGCAUCUCGCUGCAGGGAUUGUGGAAUAAGGAUGUCUCCGGUUUUUGUCUAUCCCCGACGUCUGUGAAUAGCGUAGCAUACGUACACUCGGGGUUCACGAUUGUCAUUGAUCUCCGCUUGACUUCGGCACUAGUUAUUAUCCUUCAGAACGUGAGGACUAAACGCAGUCGCAAGAAGGCCCAUAGUACCAAGCUUAGGGUGUGUGGUAGAAUGUAA